AGAUUGCAAGAGCUUUAUGUCUCGGAUCCAUCAAGGUAUUCAAGUUUGGCGGAGAUAUUGAAGAAAGAGGUGAGCGAGGGGACUACAAGAAAGCCUGAAAGUCAUGCCAGAGCUAUGCUAUGGCUUACCAGGUCCAUGGAUUUCAGUAUAGCAGUAUUAGACAGAUUAGAGAAGAAUUCUGAAUUGAACCUUGUACAAGUAGUGGAAGAUGCAUACAAGGACACUCUAAAGCCAUGGCAUGGUUGGAUAUCAUCAGCUGCUUACAAAGUUGCUCUGAAGCUCAUCCCAGAGAGAAAAAUAUUCAUCAGCAUACUGAUGGGCAAGGGGCAAGAUUACAACAUGUUGAAAGCUGAUAUCCAGAACUUGGUCCUGAUGCUUCAGUCUCUUUUAAAUGAAAGCCAUGCCCUUUUUAGAAAGUUUCGGUUGGACAGGUUGAAGUCAACAUAGGGCGAAGCCUCAUGAUUUUUAUGAUUGUACAUAUCCACUUUCGUUUUGUAAAUUAUGUUCAGCUUGUUUAUCUCUGGAAUUAUCCUUCUUGUGAAAAUCAAAUCACCUUGAGCUUUGGUGAUAGUCAUAUAACAUUGUCCAAAUUUAAAAGUUAGAUGUACAUUAAUUCAUAGCAACACAUAUUGUUCACAAUGUAAUAAUUAGCAUUGCGAACAUUCAAAUGAGAAUUUGAAGAAAUUUCUGUA